AUGCACCUAUCAACUACUUCCUUGUUUAUCAUCAAGGUUAUUUUUGAACGCAGCGGAGGUGGUGCCGCCAUGGGGAUUCUCCUUCAAGCAACUUCACUUGUCUACAUAUUCCCUUCUGCACUGAGUUUAGCAGUGACAACUAGGGUGGGGAAUGAGUUAGGAGCCAACCAAACAUGCAAAGCAAAAACCUCGUCUUUGGUUGCAUUAACAUACGCCAUUUUCACAAGCUUCAUGGCCAUGUUCUUCAUGACAACGCUUAGAAAUGCUUGGGGCCGAGCUUUCACGGUAGACGAGGCAUUUCUGUCGUUGACAGCGGUGGCUAUGCCGGUUGUGGGGCUGUGUGAGCUAGGAAAUUGCCCACAGACCACCAGUUGUUGUGUGUUAAGGGGAAGCGCGAGGCCAAAACUGGGUGCCAACAUAAAUCUGGGCUCAUUUUAUUGUGUUGGGUUACCUUUGGCAGUUUUAAUGGGCUUUGGACUGGAUAUGGGCUUCUUUGGGCUUUGGUUGGGCCUACUGGCGGCACAAUUAGUGUGUGCUCUUCUAAUGGUGCUUGUGUUGACGAGAACAGAUUGGGUGAUAGAGGCAGAUAGAACAAGGCAGCUGAUUGGAGUUGAUGGAGACCAACAAGGAGAAAGGCCCUGGCAAGACCAAUGUUCAUCAAGGUUGUCAAUUAGCUCCCCAAAUUAA